AUGCGCAGAGAGUGUAGUGAGAGUAGUGUAGUGGCGCAGGGGCCCGGCUCCUGCUUCGAGUCGGCCCUCACCGACCAUUAUUGUGUCCUGAGGCCCAUUGGGGAGGGGAGCUUCAGCCAGGUGCUGCUGGCCCGCCAUCUCCUGACCGGGGUCAAGGUGGCGGUGAAAGUCGUGCCAAAGACGGAGGGGCACGAGCCUGUGCUACGGGAACGGGAAUGGUUGAUGUCCCUGGAGCACCCGAACAUGAUCCAGCUCUUCCAGGUCAUCGAGACCACCCGCAAUAUGUACCUGGUCAUGGAAUAUGCAGAGGGCGGGCAGCUCCGGCUUCGCAUCCCGCGGGAAGGUGGCCUACCCGAGGAGAAGGUGCGCAGGGCGUUCAGGGAGAUGGUGCAGGUCGUGCAUUACUGCCACCAGAAGGGCGUGGCGCACCUCGACCUCAAGCCAGAGAACUUCGUGGUGGAUGCCAGGGGCCACAUAAAGCUCAUCGACUUUGGCCUGAGCACCAGCAUCACGCCUGGGCAGCAGCUGACCGGGUUCAGGGGCACUCUCCUGUACCUCGCCCCUGAAAUCAUCCAGCGCAAGGGAUUCGAGGGCCCCCCUGCAGACGUCUGGAGCCUGGGCGUCACUCUCUAUUUCAUGCUCACCGGGAGAAGACCAUUCAUGGCGAGCACCAGUAAGGGGCUGCAGAAUCUGGUCCUGCAGGCAAGUUACCACAUUCCCCCGCAUGUGUCCCGGGGAGCUCGCAGCCUCAUUCAGCAACUCCUGACGGUGGACCCCACACACAGGCCCACCCUAGAGCAGGUCGUGGCGCACCCAUGGCUGAGCCAGGGCCAGGACUCUUCACCCAGUCGUCCCAGCCAGCCACUCCCCAAGCGGCCCGACCCCGUCAUCAUGACCAUGAUGUUUGACAUGGGUUUCGACCCCUACAACACCUGGCUGUCCCUGGCCAACCGCCAAUUUGAUGAGGCCAUGGCCACCUACCUUCUCCUGCAGCACCAGAGAAGCCAGGGUGCGGGCUGCCAGCUCCAGGCAGAGCCUGUGCGUCGUCGGGGGGCUGGGCCUUGCCCAGGGCCCUCAGUGGAUCCUCCCAGUGUCCACCCCAACAGGUGCACCAGUGAGCCUGCCCUUCUCCUGCCCCGUGAGCCACAGCAGCCCAAGGAGGCUAAACCCUCAGGCGGGAAGGACGCUGCGUGCGCCAGCCUGCCUGCCUUUCCUCUGCGCUUCCUCCAGGAGAAGACACCUGCUCCCAGACUCGCCUCCCAGCAGGUCUCUGGGCCCAGCCCUGGUAGGCGGGGAGCAGAAGGAGACAGCUCGGCCUCCCAGGGUACCUCCACCGGGCCAGUCCAGGACAGAGGCAAGGGCUGGAGGCGGGUCACCAGGAGGAUCUCCACCUGCCUUCGUCGACUCUGCUGCUGCCUCUCGUGUGUCCAAGGGCCCGCCUGGAGAAGAAGGGUGGCUCCGGCGGACGGAGGCCACAGACCCCAUAGGCUCCCCAAUAGCGUGGUUCCAGAUAUCGUGCCCACGUGA